CAAGCACUGUCAAUCGAGCCAAACAUGCAUUCUUCUUGGUCAUUGCUAUCACUGGCGGUCUCUGCCGCCUCUGCUGCUCCUUCAUUGCUACGCAGAGCACCCACUGGCGCACCUGUCGUCAACUUGAAGAACGGUUCAUACUAUGGUGUACACAACAGCCAAUACAACCAGGAUUUCUUCCUUGGUGUCCCAUUUGCACAGCCUCCUAUCGAUGAGCUUCGUUUUGCCAACCCCGAGACCUUGAACGCAUCCUGGACUGGAGCUCUGCCAGCAACAAACUAUGCAUUUGAGUGCGUAGGCUACGGAGGUGAUCAGGUGGGCUACCAACAGAGCGAGGACUGUCUCUACCUGAACGUCGUCAGACCUUCCGGCUACGAGAACGCCAGUCUGCCAAUGGUUGUCUGGAUCCACGGUGGUGGCUUCUACAUGGGUGGUGCAGUUGACCGCAGAUACAACUUGACCUUCCUCGUCGAGAACUCCGUCAAGAUUGGCAAGCCCAUCAUGGCUGCCAGUGUUGCUUACAGACUUGGACCCUUUGGUUUCCUUAAUGGUGACGAGAUUGCUGGUGCUGGUCAGACCAACAUUGGACUCAAGGACCAACGCAAGGCUCUGCAUUGGCUUCAAGAGAACGGUGCUGCCUUCGGUGCCGACACAAGCAAGGUCACCAUCAUGGGUGAGUCAGCAGGAGCCGCCUCGGUCGGUUUCCACUUGGUCGCAUACAACGGCCGUGACGACAAGCUGUUCCGUGGUGCUAUCAUGGAGUCCGGCAACGCCAUUUCUUACAAUGCCCUGAACGGCUCAGACUCCUACCAACCCAAAUACUCUGCUCUCACCAAGGCAGCUGGAUGUGGAAACUCGACCAACACUCUGGACUGCCUGCGUGCUCUGCCGUUCACUGUCCUCAACAACAUCCUGAACACUACCGAUUUCAGCGGUGGCUGGAAUCCUGCUCUCGAUGGCGACUUCAUCGCUCGUUACGGCAGUGAACAGCUGGCUGACGGAGCCUUUGUUCACGUUCCCAUUAUCAACGGCGCAAACAGCGACGAAGGUGUUUCUUUCAGUCCCGCUCCCAUCAACUCCACCGCCGGCCUCGAGAAGUACUUGAACACCACUUCUUCCACCCAAGCUAGGCCAAAACUCUUCAUCGCCAACCGCCGCAGAACCUGCGAGACCUGGGCCGCCAACAACAUAUCCGCCUACUCCUACCGCUUCAACGCCAUCCCCACCGGCUCCACCUACGUCGCCCACUUCCAAGAAGUCGCUUUCGUCUUCAACAACCUCAACGGUCUUGGUUAUGCGAUUGAUCCUUUUGCCAACAAGUCUUCUGCCUUUACCGAGCUCUCCGACUUUAUGAGCAAGAGUUGGGUUACUUUUGUUCACGACUUGGAUCCUAAUGGUUAUGCGGGCAAGAACUCGAGUCUGCCGACUUGGCCUGUGUAUAGUGUUUCCAGCCCGCAGAAUAUGGUGUUUGACGCCAAUGUUACCAGUCAUGCCGAGCCCGAUACCUGGAGAGCUGAGGGUAUGAAGUUGAUUGCUGAUAACAACAUUCAGUAUCACAGAUAG